ACUAAUUGAAAUAUUAAGGAAAAUAAAAUAAUUGUCUUCUUCAAUAGCUUAGUAACACCACAGAAAUUACAACAAACUAUUCACACCAUGUCACACAUCAUCUCCAACAACGAACAACCACCACCACCACCACCGGAGACACCUCUCCUCCAUCAACCACGGUGGCGCCUCCCUUCAACUCUCAAACUAAAAACCUCCCUCUGUUCUGAACUAUCCGGCUCCGUCGGCGAUUUAGGAACCUACAUACCAAUCGUCUUAGCUUUAUCAUUAGUCAACAACCUUGACUUAACAACCACACUCAUUUUCACUUCUCUUUACAACAUCUUAACGGGCCUUUUAUUUGGGCUUCCUAUGCCAGUCCAGCCCAUGAAAUCCAUCGCCGCUGUCGCCAUCUCCGAAUCACCUCCCCUCACUAUUGCUCAAAUCUCCGCUGCCGGUUUAUCGGUCUCCGCCGUCCUCCUCUUCCUCGGAACCACCGGUCUCAUGUCAUUUCUCUACCGUUACCUCCCUCUCCCCGUCGUUCGCGGCGUUCAACUCUCACAGGGGCUUCAAUUCGCGUUUUCAGCAAUUAAAUAUAUUCGCUACCAACAAGAUUUAGCUUCGGCUUCAUCGAAAACCGGUCCUCCCCGUCCUUGGUUUGGCCUCGACGGUUUAAUUGUCGCUCUGGUUGCUGUUCUUUUUCUUGUCCUCACCACUGGUGCUGGUGAGGACACUAGGUCAGAACAGCAACCACCAACACAACGAAACCAAGGCAUUGUUGUUCAACAAGAUCAAGUAGAUGUCCACCAUGGAGAAUAUAUUAAUCAAAAUAAUAAAAUUAGUCGAAGGUUGAAAAUACUUUCGACUAUACCUUCGGCUUUAAUAGUGUUUAUUUUCGGGUUAUUGUUGUGUUUUUUUCGCGAUUCUUCGAUUUUUAGCGAUAUGAAAUUCGGUCCGUCGAAGAUUUCUAUUGUUAAGAUUACAUGGGAUGAUUUUAAAGUUGGAUUUGUUAGAGCGGCGAUACCGCAAAUUCCGUUAUCGAUUUUGAAUUCUGUUAUAGCGGUUUGUAAACUGUCGGGAGAUUUAUUUCCGGAAAGAGAAGCUUCGGCUAUGCAGGUUUCAGUUAGUGUUGGAGUGAUGAAUUUUGUUGGGUGUUGGUUCGGAGCCAUGCCAUGUUGCCAUGGAGCUGGUGGAUUGGCUGGACAAUAUAGGUUCGGAGGUAGGAGUGGAGCUUCGGUUGUGUUUCUUGGAGUUGGUAAAUUGGUUAUUGCUUUGGUUUUUGGGAACUCUUUUGGGAGAAUUUUGAGUCAAUUUCCAAUUGGGAUACUUGGUGUGUUACUUUUGUUUGCUGGGAUUGAAUUGGCUAUGGCUUCUAAAGAUAUGAAUAGUAAACAAGAGUCUUUUGUUAUGUUUAUUUGUGCUGCUGUUUCUUUGACUGGUUCUAGUGCUGCUUUAGGGUUUUUUGUUGGGAUUGUUCUUUACUUGUUGUUGAAAUUGAGAGAGCUUGAUUGUGGUGGUGGUAAUUGUGGAUUUGGAUUUGGGUUUUUGUCUAAUUCAAACAAGACCAAAUCAUCUAAGGAUGAAGAAGCUCCCCUAAUUUCCUAGAUAUUUUUGUUAUUAUUUCUAGUGUCUUAAAAAUGAUCAACAUUGCUGUGAUCAAUGGGAGCAUAAAGCUUUUGUAUGUACAUAUGUAUUUUUCACAUUCCUCUUUUCCAAUAAUUUCUUGGCUAUAUGUGUGUUGUUGUAAUAAUGUUCAAUUUUAGGGUGUACACUAUAUGUGUAUUUUUGGUAACAACAAAAGUGUAUUUAUUUAUUUAUUUAUAGAUAAAGUUGGUCCUUUUGAGUAUGGGAUUUUAAACAAGAUGUGUUGGUACAAUGGGCAACAUGGUUUCUUAGGACCCUUCUCAAAAUCAAGUGUUUGGUUUGGAUUUACAUAAGCAUGCUCAAAGUGUCUAUUUUAUUUUUACAGUGAUCUGUGAAUUAUUGUAAUUUUGUUAA